UCCCUAUAUUUAUAAUGCCUAUUCCCCACGGUGGUGUUCUCCAAGACUUGGUCGCGCGCGAUGCGCCAAUCAAGCAGCAGUUGCUUGCCGAAGUUGGCUCGCUCAAGUCGCUCAUCUUGACGGACAGACAGUUGUGUGACUUGGAGUUGAUCCUCAACGGUGGUUUCUCGCCGCUUACCGGGUUCUUGACCGAAAAGGACUACAACGGGGUGGUGGAGAACUUGAGAUUGGCGUCCGGCCAUGUUUGGUCCAUGCCAAUCACCUUGGAUCUCUCCAAGGAACAGGCGGCGCAGUACCAGCCAGGUGAGAGAGUCGUGUUAAGAGACUUGAGAGACGACAAGGCGCUUGCGAUCCUCACCAUCGAGGAUAUUUACACGCCAAACAAGGAAAACGAAGCCGUCAAGGUGUUUAGAGGCGACCCAGAGCACCCAGCUGUUAAGUACUUGGUGGAGACCGCGGGCGACGUCUAUGUCGGUGGUGCUUUGGAGGCGAUUCAGUUGCCAACCCACUACGAUUACACCGGCUUGAGACGUACUCCGGCGCAGAUGAGAUCGGAGUUUGACCAGAGAGGCUGGGACAGAGUUGUGGCGUUCCAGACGAGAAACCCGAUGCACAGAGCCCACAGAGAGUUGACCGUCAGAGCCGCCAGAGAGCACACCGCGAACGUGUUGAUCCACCCGGUAGUUGGCUUGACCAAGCCGGGCGACAUCGACCACCACACUAGGGUCAGGGUGUACCAGGAGCUCAUCAAGAGAUACCCGAACGGGAUGGCUCAACUCUCGUUGUUGCCAUUAGCCAUGAGAAUGGGUGGUGAUAGGGAGGCGGUGUGGCAUGCGAUUAUCAGAAAGAACUACGGUGCCUCGCACUUCAUUGUGGGUAGAGACCAUGCAGGCCCUGGUUCCAACUCCAAGGGGGUCGACUUCUACGGUCCGUACGACGCCCAGGACAUGGUGGAAGAGUACAAGGAGGAGUUGGGGAUCGAGGUUGUUCCGUUCAGAAUGGUCACCUACCUCCCAGACGAGGACCGGUACGCUCCAAUUGACACCGUUGCCGAGGGCACCAAGACCUUGAACAUCUCUGGUACUGAGUUGAGAAAGAGAUUGAGAGACGGGACUGCCAUUCCAGAAUGGUUCUCCUACCCAGCGGUUGUCAAGGUUUUGCGCGAGUCCCACCCUCCUAGACCGUCGCAGGGGUUCACCUUGUACCUCACCGGCUUGCCAAACAGCGGGGUCGAUGCCUUGGCCAACGCCUUGCAAGCCACCUUAAACCAGUUUGCCGGUUCCCGUAACAUUACCGUUUUGGACGGCACCAACGUUCCACAGGCUGCCACUCCAUUUGUGGCCCACGAAUUAACCAGAUCGGGUGCCGGUGUCAUUGUUGCCGAUGCAAGCAUUGCACCAUCCGCGCAACAGCUCGCGGAGGCCAAGAAGAUCGUCUCCAAGGCCGGUGCCUUUAUCGUGGUUUCCUUGGAAACCCCAUUGGAGCAGGCCAAGUUGGAUGACAGAAAGGGCCACUACGCCAGUGAGAGAGCCGACGUCGCUGCCUACCAGGCCCCACAGGAUGCUGACAUCAAGGUUGACUUGUUGAAGCACGGUGCCUUGGUUGCCGUGCAAAAGAUUGUUCUCUACUUGGAAGAGCAGGGUUUCUUCAAAUUUUAGAAUAUAUAUAGAGAAUAAAACGAUAAGGGAGAAUCUG